AUGUCUUGGAAUGGUCGGCCUCUGGUAAUGCAAGAUAUGUCAUCAGCUGUCAUCAAAAACUUUGAAUGGUCCAUUUUGUCGAAAAGAAUACAGGGGUCCACUGCUUAUCCAUCACUGAACAUUGUAUGGGACAGUCCCGCUGACCAGGGAAAAGAUUUUGAGAAGACAAGAUAUGCUUAUCACCUCCAUUCCCACUGGAGCCUAAGAGCAGAAAUCACUCAAACAGAACCAGCUAAGAUCAGGGAAUGUGGUGCCGCUCUUGAGGUAUCCUUCUCACUACAUCAUCCCAACCUCCCAUCAGAGUUAGAUCUCAAAAAAGACCAAACUUAUGCAAUGAAACUACAACAGUUUGCGUUGGAGUCCUUGAGCUGCAAUCCUCUUCGGCCCACUGAUGCCAAAGUCUUGCAAUUUGCUUCUGGAGUUUCCAGAAGUGCCCACUUUGAUACUGAAGUUGAGCAGCUGGUCAAAAGCAUCAAUGGAUCGCCCACCUGGAUUGAAUCUGCAUGUCCAGGAUAUUCAUUUCAGGAGUUUACCAAAGAGGAACACCUUUAUGUGAAAGUAGAAUUGACAGCUAUCACAAAUUAUCUUCCCAAAGGGGUUGACAAACUGAGCAAGAUUGGACAUACAAUGCAUGAAAAGGACAUCUCUGCUGGUCUUGACAUUCAGCACGUCUGCUAUUGGCAUGACAGCCUGAAGGCAAUAGUCACGGCUGCCAUGAGAGAAAAGAAGGGUGCACAUCUAUCAGAGUUGAAGUCCUUCAGGACUAUUGGCUUGAUAGUUGAGAAGGGCAAUUCUCUUGCCACGCCGGUGUGGCUUGAUUAUGGAAUUGUCAUAACGCUAUGGACAGGCUGGGAUGGCUCACAAGACAUAUUUCAGCAAUGGAAGCCGGAGGAAGAAUGUGAAGCGCAGGCUCAAAAAAUACUGGCCGAGAGAGACAAGCUUGCAGAGAACAAAGACAAGCUUGAGGUUGAUGAGGACAUGGCACAUGUUAAGACCACUACGACCAAAAGGGAAACCAUACACUCAGACUAUGAGGACAGCUUAGACUCACGGGGCUGGGUAGAAGUCAAAGAAGAAGACACUGAUGACAACUCUUUCACUGUUAUCGGAUAUCCUGACUGA